UGAGCACGACCCGGCGAAUGGCGACUAGUCCGGCUGCAAAGCAAUGGCCAGGACUCAAAACUCCGCUCGAAGGAGUUGAUGGCGCACUGAUUGCAACAACAUCUACGCUGAAAAUGUCCAACGCCCGACGCCGCAGCUUUGACUCGAUGCGCCGCAUGCUCAUCCUAGUGGCCGCUGCCGCGCCUUUCGCGCCGUUUGCGCCGAAAGGCAGCGCUUCAGUCCCGCGGCCGAGGUCUGUGGCCUUUGACCUGGACGGCUGCCUGUGGCGCCCGAGCCUCGCACAGCUCCGAAGCUCCCGCUCUGACGGCCUCGCGUUCCACUGCGCCUGGCCGGACGUCGGAGGGGCACCCUUCAGCAGACGUCCGGACAACACCUUGAGGGACCGGCGCAGCGAGCGCGUGGCGCUCUACGACGGGGUGCUGCCAGCGCUGGCGUGCCUCUCCGAUCGCUGGCACGGGGCGACCUUGGCGGUGGCGUCCUGUUGCCAGGAAGUCUCCUGGGCCAAAGCUUGCCUGGAGGCCUUUGAGUUCGAUGGGCGGCCGUUGGCCGAAUUGCUGGGCCUGCAGAUCUUUGGGCGCGGGAGCAAGCGCAAGCACUUGAGGCAGAUUGCCGCCUACGCGCGAUGCCGACUGUCAGAACUGCUCUUCUUCGACAACGAGCCCGGCCACUGCCGAGAUGCCGCAGAGCUGGGCGUCACUGCCGUGCUUUGUCCUCGCGGCCUCACGCGCGAAGUCUGGACAGUGGCAGAGCAGCAGUUCCCUCGCCCUGGCACCGUGAUCGUGGAAAAGCUUGUGCGGUUCUUGCACUUGAAGGCUGAGACCCAGCAAGCAGACAAGGCGCAGGCGCUGCUUUGGCGCUGCGCCGCGGAGGGCCGCGCCGUGCAUCCCUUCGGGGCCUUGUCCGCGGCGGAGGUGCGACGCGCCAUCGCCAAGUUCGAGCAGAAGAAAGAGCCCAAAGAGGAUGCGCCUGUGGAGGCGCCCAAGGAUGUCCUGAGUCUCAGCCGGGGCAAAGCGCGGCCGCAAGUUGUCAAGGACCUCGCGCUCUACUUGAGAUCGCAGACCCCAAAGAGGCGCUGCAACUCCGAGCAGAUGCUGCGGGUGGCCGCAGAGCGCCGUUGGCAGGUGGCAGGAAUAGCGGAACAGCAGAGCAGCAGUCAGUCAAGAGCAGAAGAGCAGCAGUGGCAGUAUGAAGCGGACAGCGUCGGCGAUGAGGGCGAUAAAGCGGCCGGCCGCGAAGCCCAAGAAGAAACUCGCUUCGAGGAGCCCGUGGUGCGGGCAAUGUUCAACUGCGACCAGCAGUAUGACCCUGCAAGCCAACCCCAGCACUUGAUGGCGCCUGAAGAUGGCGCCGAUUCAGAGAAAUUGCGCCCGCAGGCGGAGGAUUUCCUCCGGUAUUCUCUGGAAGCCUUGAACCACAGCCAGCAGAGCAAGUUGGCAGGGUCAUACUGCUGGUCGCAGUUGAACAUUGCCCGCGCCACGGGCUCCUUGGUCUUAGGGCAUUUGACUUGGCAAUUGUACCUGCUUCUAAACCGCGCCGACAUUUUGCUGAUGGCGUCAGGCUUGGAGAUGCCUUCUGCCGAGUCCAGCCUGCUGCCGCGGGAUCUGAGCGAGGUACAGAAGGACAUUGAGGCGACGGUACAAUCUGAGAUGAUGCUCUUCGAGUCGCUGCUUGGCAAGUCGAUCGACGCAUCAGGUUUCCGCGAGCGAAUACAGGGUGCAUGGAGCAUGAUCGGAAUGGUCGGAGCACUCACUCUGACCAUGGAUCAAUACAAUGAGCCGGUGACCUGCCCAAAAGAUGUAUCAUCCCAUGUGUUCAUUUGUCAGUACGUGCAUCCUUUACUCGCGGCGUGUUCGACUAUUUUUGCUGCAGCCUCUGUUUUGCUGUCAAUGAUUUUGUACGUGGAGAUGAGCUUUGUGCCAGAUGAGUUCCUGGGUCCUUGGAUGCGGAAGCUGUCCUGGGCUGUGGAGUCCCCCUUGCUUUGCUUCAUCAUCGGCAUCAUUUGCUGGGCCCUUGAUUUUCUUUGGCGAGGAGCCUUGCAGUAUGGCAACAUGGGCUAUGCAGUUGCUGCAAUGGUUGUCGUCGUGGGUAUUGGCGUGUUGAUCAUGUAUCUGAAGCUGAAAGCAAUGACAAACAAGUUCUUGCUUCAAGCAGCGGCUUCUGCUGCUGCGGCUUAG